CAGGACGACGCGGUGAGGUUGCUUCGACACAACUUGCUUCUAUAGAAACGGACACAGUUUAGUGUUAAGUGGCGCAGUUGUGAGUUUGCCGGGGAACUACAGCCACGGUCAGUUUCCUCUCGUGGAAAGAACAUGAUACGCCAAUGCCUAUGCGAGAUUUGUAAUUGUGGACGGCAUCGUUGCCCACACCGGCCCACUGCCCUGUACGGGAAAGGGAACCAGGCAUGUGAGCAGACAGAAUACACAGAGAAAUACCCUGCUUAUGGAGCGCACAGGCCACCCAAGAGCAUGAAACCCAAGCCUGUGGAUCACAAUGACAGGGGGAAAAUGGACGGAACAACUACGUUCAAGACAGACUUCAUCCCCUACGAGGUGAAUCGGCGACCAGGUAGGAAGCAGGCAGAGCACAAGCCCUAUCCUGGGGAGAUUGACAUGGGGACGACCUACAAGCAGGACUUCAACCCCUACCAGGUCACGCCCUGUGUUGCCGUGAGACCCAAACAACGAGUGCAGGCUGCGCCGGGCAAACUGGACACUGUGCCCACUUAUAAAGAUGAUUUCAAAGUGUGGCAGAUCAGCAAGAGGGAGCUCACCAAAAGAAACGAGAACUACCAGCCGUCCUCGGCCAAGUUCCAGGGCACCUCCACCUUCCAGGACGACUUCAUCGACAGGGGCUUGGUCCCCAGGGAAAGCUUCAAACCCUCCAGUGUCCCCAUGUUGAGUGAGGUUCCCUUCGACGGCGUGACCAGCAACCAUCUGUCGUACGUCCCUCACCCCACGGAGGCUCGCUACGUCAAGGCCCCGGAGGUGUACAAGCCCAGCACAGAGCCCCUCCAAGACAUGACCACCCAGCGCAGGGACUUCCAGGGCCUGCCUGGACAGCUGGCCCGGAGCUGCAAGCCCGACCCUGCGAAGGCGUCAUCUGACGCCCCUUUUGACGGCAGCACAGAGUUCCAGCAGCAGUUCCAGCAGUGGCCGGUGAGCCUGCCCCAGCUACACAAGCCCCUGGAGUACGUGGGUCCCACCCUGCACAUGGACAUGAGCACCACCUCUGCUGUGGACUUUGUCAAGCACAACAUCCAGCCCUUCACAUCCGCCAAGCCCUUCUGUCAGCCCCUCAAGUCCUCCGUGCCUUUCCAGGGAUACACCACCAUGAGAGAAGACUUCCAGCCCUGGGCCACCCCGAGGCAGGCCUUGAUGAAGAAAAGAGAAGAGGAGAUGCACAAAGCCACUGGCAAGAUGGACGACCUCACCACCUUCAAGGCCCACUACACAACUCACAAGCUUCAGCCCAACAUCAGCUUCAAGCCCCCCAACACUGUAGUGAGACGAGACACCCCCCUGGAAAGCGGAACCAUGUACAGCACAGAGUUCACGCCUAAGAGGAUCAGCGUUUGCCUGGCUAGCUACGACUCCCCUCCAGGGUUUGUGUUUGAGGACUCAGACCACAAUGGGCACAGGUUUUACAGGAAGUUGUCAUCUAAGGGUAUGAUGCAGGCCAGUAAUGUUCCUGUGCAGAAAGCAGUAGUGGUGCAGUAAUAAAGCUUGACUGUUGUCACGGAGACCCACGAUUCUGACCUCAUAAAGAGCACGCCACUUCUGCAUUGUUUACGUCAGUGUAUUGUAUUUACCUACAGUGAUUUUGAAAAGUAUUGGCGAUUUGAUAAACACAUGAUUAAGUAUGCACACGUAAACACACAAAUCUUUAUUUUGGUAGAAGCUAUUGCUCACAAAUGUAUUAAUUUGUUCAUUUUAUUGAAUAUAAAUGAUGCUCCUAUAUCAAUAUGCAUCGUAAUCAUCACCAUGUCUAUCAAUGUAGUAUGUGCCAAAUGUUGGCUAUCAAAACCCCCACUGAAAAUCCUGCAACAAAUGCACUUUUCUUUGUGAAUAAAAUAUUGAGCCUUUAUGAAGAAA